CCCAAACAUGGCGGGUGUUUCUGGCUGAGUUUGGACGCGGAGUGGAGGCGGCUUUCAUCUCAGGAAAGUUUUUUUCCUCCAGCCAUUCCUCUCAGUCCUGUCUCACCGAGAUGUGAGAAAAGAAAUAUGAGUGAAGAGGAGCCGAUGGGAACGGAGUCGGCACAAAAUACUGCCCCGUAAGGGAAUUUAAAGGGUUCUCAAUAACCCUCCCCUCUGAGCUUGGAACUUUGACGCCCCCAUUCUGUGACCCUCUCUGCUCAUAGGCUUUACCCCGUGACCCUUCUCUUUGUACCCACGUUAGUGAACCACCUUGACCCCUAAUUUAUGAUUUCUAUCUGCACUUCAUCCUUUGACACCCAACCUGUGAGCUCACUGUUCCCCCUUACCCCACCACCCAUACCACUACCUGAAUCCUCAGCUUCCAAUUUUGUUCCUAUUGUGGGCGGCUGAUCCUAUCCUUUUCUGCUCCUAUCUCCUACUUAUCCAACUCGCUCUCAGUUUUAAAUGAUUUUUUUUAUUACUUGGACCUGGAGUCAGUUAAUAUAUGGGGCAACAACCAGGCAAAGUUCUUGCGGACCAAAAGAGGCCGACUCUAACUGCCCUGCAGUUUAUCAAAGGAGGGAAGAGAGAAACAGCCAAACAUGGAGCUCAACAUUUCAAUGUAUUUGUGGAGCACGAAGCCCUGCAUCGUCCAGAGUUUGAGUCACAGGGUUUGAAUGAAGCUGCUCGGUGGAAUUCCAAAGAGAACUUGCUUGCUUGCCCCAGUGAAAAUGACCCCAACCUUUUUGUUGCACUGUAUGAUUUUGUUGCCAGUGGUGAUAACACUCUCAGCAUAACAAAAGGUGAAAAACUUCGUGUUCUGGGCUAUAACCACAAUGGAGAAUGGUGUGAGGCUCAGACUAAAAAUGGUCAAGGCUGGGUUCCAAGCAACUACAUUACACCAGUUAACAGUUUAGAGAAACACUCCUGGUAUCAUGGGCCAGUCUCACGCAAUGCUGCAGAGUAUCUCCUCAGCAGUGGCAUCAAUGGAAGUUUUCUGGUACGGGAGAGUGAAAGCAGCCCCGGACAAAGAUCCAUAUCACUUCGUUAUGAAGGAAGGGUAUACCACUACAGGAUAAACACUGCAUCUGAUGGAAAGCUGUAUGUAUCUUCAGAGAGUCGUUUCAACACAUUGGCAGAGCUUGUUCACCACCACUCAACAGUUGCUGAUGGACUGAUCACCACCCUGCACUACCCCGCUCCAAAACGUAACAAGCCUACCAUCUAUGGAGUCUCGCCUAAUUAUGACAAGUGGGAAAUUGAACGAACAGACAUUACAAUGAAACACAAAUUAGGUGGUGGACAAUAUGGGGAAGUAUAUGAGGGUGUGUGGAAGAAAUACAAUCUCACUGUGGCAGUAAAGACACUAAAGGAAGAUACUAUGGAAGUGGAAGAGUUCUUGAAAGAGGCUGCAGUUAUGAAGGAAAUUAAGCAUCCCAACCUGGUACAGCUGCUAGGUGUAUGUACUCGGGAGCCUCCAUUUUACAUCAUCACAGAAUUCAUGACUCAUGGAAACCUCCUUGAUUACCUUCGGGAUUGUAACAAAGAGGAAGUGAAUGCUGUUGUGCUGCUAUAUAUGGCAACUCAGAUAUCCUCUGCAAUGGAGUACUUAGAGAAGAAGAAUUUCAUUCACAGGGAUCUUGCUGCUAGGAACUGUCUUGUGGGAGAGAACCAUUUGGUUAAAGUGGCUGAUUUUGGGCUAAGCAGGUUGAUGACAGGAGACACAUACACGGCACACGCUGGAGCAAAAUUUCCCAUUAAAUGGACUGCUCCAGAGAGUCUAGCCUACAACAAAUUUUCAAUCAAAUCUGAUGUGUGGGCAUUUGGUGUUCUUCUGUGGGAAAUUGCAACGUACGGCAUGUCCCCAUACCCUGGAAUUGACCUUUCGCAAGUUUAUGACCUAUUGGAAAAGGAUUACAGGAUGGAACGGCCUGAGGGCUGCCCAGAGAAAGUUUAUGAAUUGAUGCGUGCAUGCUGGAAGUGGAACCCGGGGGAUCGGCCAUCGUUUGCAGAUGUCCAUCGAGCAUUCGAUACCAUGUUUCAGGAAUCGAGUAUUUCAGAAGAGGUCGAAAAGGAACUGGGAAAGAAAGGAGGCAAGUGUUGUGGCACAAGUAAGCCACAAGCGCCAGAACUCCCAACCAAAACACGUACCCUCCGCAGAACCACUGAGAACAAAGAACCAAAUGAGCUCCAGGAGGCACCUCAUUCGAUAUUUAAAACCUCAAGUGAUCUUGAUUCUGGAGACCAUGAAAUGGCCAUUUCUCCGAUGCUGCUGCGGAAAGACAAAGACACAGACGGCACCUUGGAUGAUGAUCGUUUACAGUCUUCCACUAAAGAGAAAGGCAAAUCCAGUUCAAUCUUCAGCUCAUUCAUCAAGAAGAAGAAAAAGACUGCACCCACCCCACCAAAGCGCAGCAGUUCUUUCCGUGACAUGGAUGGGCAGGCGGAAAAGAAAGAAACUGUGGAAGAUGCCGUCACGGUGACGAAAGAUGCUAACAAUGGAUCUUGCGUGAAUAAUGUAACACCUCUUGACACAAUAGACCCAACAAAAUUUCAGCAUUCACCUAACACUGGGGCACAAAGUACUAACAAUGGAGGUGGAGGGGUUGCCAAUGGCAGCUUCUUGGGAACAACGGGGUUCUUUCUGCAUUCUAGGAAGUCCAGUACAUUAGCUGCGGGAAAGUCGGUUGGGAAUGAAGAAGAGUUGCUCACAAAUUCAAAGCGAUUCUUGAGAUCGUGCUCUGCAUCAACAAUGCCUCCUGGAAGUAAGGACCAAGACAGGAAAGCACUGACCCUUCCUCGUGACCUCCAGUCUGCAGGGAAGCAGUCUGACCCGGCCGGGAUCUUGGGUUGUGACAGGAAUGAGAAGCCAGCCUUGCCUCGAAAGAGGACAAAUGAAACUAAAGUGGACACUGUUCCUCGCGGAAACUUAACCACAUCGUCUCGGCUGCCAAAAAAGACUGAUGAGUUAAAUGAUGAUGCUUUUAACAACCAGGAGUCCAGUCCAAGCUCAAGCCCACCAUCAUCCACUCCAAAGAUUGUUCGAAGGCAGCCGACAGUAAUCACAUCAAUCAGUCUCGUCUCCAGGGACAAGGACAAGGAUGAGGGAGGGAAGACUUGUGCCUUAAGUUCUGCUUCCCAACAAGACCAUACCUCCUCUAGUGCCUCUGCUUGCACAUCAAAGCAGAGCUCCACCUCAGUCCUGGGUGGGGUAAAGCUGCUGAACGACGACCCCAAGGUACGAAGGUUCAGGCAGCCUCCUGAGCAGCAUCGGUCGUCCUCCAUAAAGGACCGGGCCAAGAUCCAGAAAUCGAAACCAGCUCCUCCUCCUCCUCCCGGCAUGAAAUCUGUCCGACCACCCCGAAGCCCGACCCACGAGACCACGGCCGAGACUGCCACGAGCAUCAAACCCAAGCAGUCCACUCAGGUCCCAGACACUGUGAACAGUGAGAUCUUGAAGCCGGGUCAUCUGGGGGAGAAGAGGCCUUCUCUCCAUUCAACAACAAAGUCCCAGACCUCCACCAAGGCAUCAAGUACCAAUUCAGCUGCACCCUCUGCCUCUACACAGUCUGCCUUAUCAGCUGCAGGUGGUGACCAGCCGCCCUCAGCGACCACAGCCUUCAUCCCGCUCAUCUCCACCAGAGUAUCCUUACGUAAGACACGACAGCAGCCAGAGAAGAUCACCAGUGCCAACAUCACUAAGGACACCGUUUUAGAGAGCACAGAAGCAUUACGUGUGGCCAUUGGGAAGAACUCCGAGCAGAUGGCCAGCCACAGUGCGGUGCUGGAGGCAGGCAAGAACCUUAUCACCUUCUGUGUCAGCUACGUGGACUCCAUCCAGCAAAUGCGUAAUAAGUUUGCCUUCAGAGAGGCCAUCAACAAGCUGGAGAGCAACUUAAGGCAGUUACAGAUUUGCUCAGCCAGCCAGGACUUUACCAAACUUCUCUCAUCUGUGAAAGAAAUCAGUGACAUCGUCCAGAGGUAGCAAAGGCUCAGGGGGUGGGGGUGCAAGGGGAAAAAAUAUGGUCAAAAUGCUGCUCCCUGACUCCAAAACAGUGUGAUAGAAUCGGGGGAGACUUGAGUUUGGCUGAUUACCAGGGGAGUAUAUGGCAGCAUGGCUUUCAUUGCUUGGUAGCCUUCUAAUUCCCCAUGUCUGCUUCAGUUUCCUCUCACUGGGUUUGGUUAUUACAUCAAAUUCUCUAGUGCAGAAACAGGACAGUCAGCCCAUCAGGUCUGAGCCAGUGUUUUAUGCUUCACACCAGCAUCUUCCAACCUUCCUGCAUCUUAAUCAUUAGCAUACUCCUCUGUUAAUUCCUCACUCAUGUUUGUUCACAUCACUUUGGGCUGUAGGAAUUCAUGGUUCCUUGAUAAUGGGCAUCCUUGAUACUUAGUGUAAAUUCUGAGAAGACACUGUGGUCACUUCCCUGUCAUUGUGGCUUAGAAGCUAAUAAUUAACCUUCUCAUCUUUGUUAGUACAAUAUAGCUUCCAUACUUCUGAACUGCAUUAAUGUCACAUGGAUACUCCAGUUCCACUUGGAAGUAGCUCAGAUUGAUAAAAUGAAAUGUCAGUGCUGCUCUUUGAAUGUGCUCCCACCUCCUUGAAAACUGCUGAAAAGUGAGAAAGUUUUCUCUUGUUUAAAGCCUUUGACCUAGUGUUUCAAAAAAUUUAUUCCAUGAACUAAUUAGACACUAGAAUUCUUAACAAUAUUCUGUUAUCUCAUAUCCUUCACCAUUCAUGCACCCCACCCCCUCUUUUCCUUGUCUAUAUCAAACAUUUCCUUUAAUCAUUCUAUCUGAAUAUUAUAGAUCUGGCUUUUCUGUCCUGCUCGUUGUAAAACAGAAUAAUAUCAGGAAAGCUAAGCCAGAAACUUCUCAAUGAUUGUCAGUGACUCACUAUCUAGAUUGAAGACUUUGAGGGUGGAGGACAGUGAAAGGGAGGGGCAGCAGACAUUAAAGUUUAGGUCCAUGUAAACCAUUGUGCUCCAGGUAUUAUUGUUAAUCUUAUCCCAUUAGUUGGAAGUUGUUGAUUGGAUGUUAUUGGUAAGUUUUUCAUCUGUCUUUAAAACUAGAACAUUGAAAAUUGAUUCUGAGGGUCUGUGGCAUUGCUGAGUCUUUUGUGCAAGUUACUGAGUUGGAGAAAGGGCAGGACUUCCAGAAACAAAUUUUCACUGAAAAUAUUUUAUUUAAGGAAUAGCCUAUGGCAAACUACAGCUGCUUUUCUCGUUAGAAUAGGCUACCUUAUCCAAAAAAAAACUGAGUGAAGGAUAAUUGGAUAUAAAUUAUGUGCAUAACAUCAAACUGUCACUUAACAGUAAUGCAGGCCAUUGUUGAAUGGGAAUUAUCCAAUCAUCUGUGUCUGGAAGAGUGUUAGCACUUUAUGCAGCUGUACUGGUGAUCUGGCGACAAUCCCAUUGCUGUCUGAGGGAAUUGGCCACAUUCUCUGAAGUGCAAAAGUACUCAUUUGGCUUCAGGAUGCAAAGGAAUCUCUUGAGGAUCUGAAAGGCACUAUAUUAAUGCAUGUUAUUUUACAAUGAAAACACCUAUUUCUCUCAAUUUUGUGGCAAGGUGAGUGUGAUCCUAACACUAAUUUUAAAUGUGUUCUAAGGAAAUAAAACCUUAAUCUCAGUUGAAGAUUAUAUAUUCCUAGCCAAGUAAAUAUUACUGACAUUCAGCAAUUUGAGAGUUGACUUUAUGAAUAUUUUAAUCACUGUCAAAAUAAUUGGUUCUGAGAACUGUAGAUAAUUUUAACUUUGGUAACUGAAGCAAAUAUGGGGACAUGACCCAUCGUUUUAAUAUUUUACAUGUUGUCUCAGUCCUGCCCAAGCUGAGAUCUAAUCACGGGGCUUGAAUGCAAUAAUUCUCAUAAGUGGUAAAGUUUUUGUAUUCUCCUCUGCAAUUAAAAUUGCUACCAGAAGAAA